GCCUCAUUUCGUUUCCCUUCAAUCUAAAUCCAAAGCAAUGGCUUCAUCUCCUGUCUUCUUCCGGAUGGGGCUUCCUCCUCCUCCUCCUCCUCCUCCUCCUCCUUCCGAUGCUGUCCUCCGCUCAUCGAAAGCGCAGAAGAAGCUACUGUACCACCCUCCUCCUUCUCCUCAUCCUCCUCCUCUAACUCAUUCUACACGACUCCCCGUUUCCCGACGAGAUGUUAUCCUGACCAUCUCAGCUCUUCCCCUCAGCUUCACUGCGCCACCCCUUCUUUCGCACGCACGAGAGAGAAGGGGGAGAAAGGCCAUCCCUCCGGAGGAGUACAUGACCAGCCCUGAAGGCUUGAAGUACUAUGAUCUUGUUGAGGGAAAGGGCCCCAAAGCUGAGAAAGGCCUCACAGUGCAGGUACACUUCGACUGCAUCUUUCGAGGGAUCACAGCAGUUUCUAGUCGUGAGUCUAAACUUCUAGCUGGAAAUCGCAUCAUUGCACAGCCAUAUGAAUUUAUUGUUGGUUCACUACCUGGUAAAGAAAGAAAGCGUGAAUUUGUGGACAAUGCAAAUGGUCUUUAUUCUGCCCAGGCUGCACCGAAACCCCCAGCAGCUCUGUAUACGAUAACCGAAGGCAUGAGAGUAGGUGGGAUGAGAACGGUGAUCAUCCCCCCUGAAGUGGGUUAUGGAAAAAAGGGGAUGAAUGAAAUACCACCUGGAGUUGAUUUUGAAAUGAAUGUGGAGCUUUUGGAAGUGGUACCUCCAGGAGGAAAGUAAUCUAUGUUCUUAAGAGGUCAGCAUCUCGGGGACUUUGUUUAGUUUGUUUGCCAGACAGGCAAAAGUCUUCUACUUCAUGAAUGAAAUACAAAGUGCCUUUUGUUUCAGCAAGAUCCCCUUCUUGAAAUGCAAGACCAAGGCUAGUAGAAUGUUUGGUUAACUUGUCGGUGCACCAUGUAUAUUAUUAUUAUUUUUUUUUGUAAAUGUUCAAGUUAAAUUAAACCCAUGAUGAAUACUUUCAAGCUUCCUAUAUGUUAUUUGGGAAAGAAAAUAUGGUUCCUUAGUUUGCAACUUCCAUAUUAUCCUCCACUGUGUUAUCGGCAUGUAUAUUCGGAGUUAGCUCUAUCUCUCAUUGUGGUAACACUUCUGUUUA